AUGGCAUUUCACAAUAUUUUUCUCUCCACUAUUCACCUGCUGGGUUUCAUCUCCUCCUGCUAUGGUGAUAGUCCGUCGACGGUCACUGCAUCGGCUCCUUCGAAGUGGGUGCACCCAGGGGCGAUGAUCAGUCAGUCUCAACUAGAUUUCAUUCGUGAGAAAAUGAACAGGGAGCAGCAGCCUUGGGCAGACGCUUAUAACGCACUUUUGGCCGACGAAGGCUUCGUAAAUCCCAAGGAUCCAUCGCCUCAUGUUAUCGUUGAAUGUGGCCCGUAUUCGGACCCAGACGUCGGAUGUACCGUGGAACGCAACGACUCAAUCGCUGCCUAUGGGAAUGCGUUAGCUUGGGCAAUAAGCGGCUCUACGGAAUAUGCUCAACAAGCUAUUAAGAUCAUGGAUGCGUAUUCGUCGACUAUCAAAGGCCACAAUAACUCCAAUGCGCCAUUGCAACGCGGGAUGGCCCUCAGACAGUGUUGCAAAUCCUGGCAAAUUCCGCUAUGGUGUCAGAUGAUCUGUCCCGGAAUUGUGUUAAUCACCGUUCUCUUCUUCCCCGAGUCGCCGCGAUGGCUCUUCUCUCACGGUCGAGAAGACAAGGCGUUGGAAUUCCUCACCUACUACCAUGGCGAAGGAAAUCCCGAUCACCCGCUCGUGCAACUCCAACUGCAAGAGUAUCGAGAAUUCAUCUCCCUUUCCGGAUCCGGCAAGCGCUGGCGGGACUUUAGCGACUUCUACAAGACCAAAGCAGGAAGAUGGCGGUUUAUCAACGCUCUCAUCACCGGAAUCUGGGGCCAAUGUUCCGGUAACGCAGUCGUCACGUACUACCUCCCAGCCAUGCUUCUCACGACUGGUAUCACGGAGUCGGAACAGGUCUUGAACGUCAAUCUAGGCUAUACUGUCGUUUCCACCAUGGCAUCGUACCUCGGCGCCAGCCAGAUCGAAAGAAUGGGCCGUCGACCCACUAUAAUCUGGACAGCCGUCGCAUGUUCAAUCUGCUUCGCCUGCAUCACAAUAGGGUCCGGAAUCUUCGCAAAUACUCACGCCAGCUCCGCCGCGUCCGCCGGGAUUGCAUCUAUCUUCGUCUUUGGGUUCUGCUACAAUUUUGGGAUGACUCCCCUGCAGGCGCUGUAUCCAGUUGAGGCGCUUUCCUACGAGACACGAGGGAAGGGAGUGGGGCUUACCUUUUCGAUUGCCCACGGCUUUACCCUUCUCAAUCAGUUCUGCUUUCCAGUGGCUUUGCAAAGGAUUGGCUGGUAUACGUACAUCGUGUUUAUUGUUUGGGAUCUUUUUGAGGCGGCUGUGAGUUACUUUGUUUCGGUUGAGACUAAGAAUCAUAUUCUGGAGGAAUUGUCGGAGAUUUUCGAAAGUCCGAGCCCUGUCAAGGCUUCGAAACAGAAACCUCUGGCUGAGAACCCGUGA